GCAGGAAGUCGUGAGUCAGCAAGGAGAGAAAGGAGCAGUGGGAGGGAAGAGUGAAGGAGUUUAUAGAUAGCUUUAGGUGAUACGACAGGAGAGAGUGGCGUCAAAUGCCUCCCGGUGUGCUUGUGUCCGUGUGUGUGCAUGCGCGCAUCGAUUGAGAGGAGAAGGUCAUGGAGCUGAGAGGAGAUUAGCAAACUAGACUCGGAGUAGGGGAAGCACGGCAGCAGAGCUAACGCCUCCUCUGAAUAGCACAGAAACAGCAGGGCUCAAUACAAAAAGGACAAGAGGAGCUGUUGCAGUAUGGGGGAGAGCUAUAUGUACCAGCGACUCCCCUACACCAGAGGAGAGGGGGAGGGGGAGGAUGAAGAGGCGAGAGACAGGACGGUCGGGGGACAAAUGAUGCAGUGUGAGGAGGGCACAGAGUGGCUUCUGGAGCUGCUGACAGAUGUGCAGCUGCAGCAGUACUUCCUGCGGAUCCGUGAUGAUCUCAACGUCACACGACUCUCACACUUUGACUACGUCAAGAAUGAAGACCUGGAAAAGAUCGGCAUGGGACGCCCCGGUCAGAGGAGGCUUUGGGAGGCAGUCAAGAGGAGACGAGCCCUUUAUAAGCGAAAAUCCUGGAUGAGCAAGGUCUUUCCAGUGAAACGGCCGGAUGCUGACCCACAGCAGCCCCACGGUGCGUCGUCCGGCACAGUCCCAGCCAAUAGUGAGUCAGGGGCCGCACUCACCUGCCUGAUCAGAGAGUCGGAGCUGCAGCUGUUUGAGCGGCUUGGAGACGGGACAUUUGGGGUGGUGCGGCGAGGAGAGUGGACCGCACCCAACAGCAGAGUGUUGUCAGUGGCAGUGAAAUGUCUGAAAUCUAAUGUGCUGGAUUCAGACGGUCUGGAUGAUUUCAUCAGAGAGGUGAAUGCCAUGCAUUCACUGAGCCACCAAAACCUCAUCCGCCUGUAUGGUAUCGUCCUCACACAGCCCAUGAAGAUGGUCACUGAGCUAGCUCCUCUGGGUUCCCUGUUGGAUCGGCUCAGGAAGCGACAGGGUCACAUCCUCAUCUCCUCGCUGUGUAACUACGCCGUGCAGGUGGCGUGCGGGAUGGCCUACCUGGAGCAGAAGCGUUUCCUCCACAGGGAUCUUGCAGCCCGCAAUGUACUACUGUCCACCAAUGAAACUGUGAAGAUUGGAGACUUUGGCCUGAUGAGGGCGCUGCCUAAACACACUGACCAAUACAUCAUGGAGGAGGGUCACAAAAUCCCUUUCCCAUGGUGUGCUCCAGAGUCUCUGAAGUCUCGAACUUUCUCUCACGCAUCCGACACCUGGAUGUUUGGGGUCACCCUAUGGGAGAUGUUCACCCACGGACAGGAGCCGUGGCUGGGCCUAAACGGGAGCCAGAUUCUCCACAAGGUGGACGUGGAGGCUGAGAGGCUGUGCAAACCAGACGACUGUCCUCAGGAUAUUUACAACGUCAUGCUGCAGUGCUGGAGCCCCAAACCUGAAGACAGACCGACCUUCAUCGCCCUCAGAGACUUCCUGCUCGAGACCAUGCCCACAGAUAUGAGAGCCCUGCAGGACUUUGAGGAGGAAGACAAGCUCCAAAUUAAAAUGAAUGAUGUCAUCACCAUCAUUGAAGGAAGGGCGGAGCACUACUGGUGGCGAGGUCAGAACAGACGGACGCUGCGUGUCGGUCAGUUUCCCCGACAUGUGGUGACAUCGGUUGCUGGUCUGUCUGCCCAAGACAUCAGCCGGCCACUUAAACACUCCUUCAUCCACACUGGACACGGAGACACAGACCCCCAGAGGAGCUGGGGACACGCAGACCGCAUAGACAGUCUGUACUUGGGGAACCCCAUGGACCCACCUGAUGUCCUGGGAAUGGAUUCAGGCAUCGCAAGACCAACCAAACUCCCCAACCGUGCCAAGAAGCAGCCUCCUCCUCGUCCACCCCAACCUGCCGUUCUGCUCAAGAAGCCGUUCUACGACUCUGUGAUGGAUGAUUACGAUGACGAGGAAGACGUCAGCGCUUCGUCUGGGUUGAAGAGGUUGGGAGCAUCCCUGGGUCUGAAGCUUCGGCCGUGGGAGGGGACCGGCGUGCGUUCGGCCAAAAGUGAGGUGUCACUUAUUGACUUCACCGAUGACAGCUUCAGUUCCACCACGCCCUCCCCGCUCACUGAAACUCGGCAGUUGGAUGAGGACACUCUAAAGGACACUCCCUCCAUUCUGGACUGGCCUCUCCCCCAGCCAGCCUACGAUGAAGUUGCUGCAGAGCCUGAGGAUCAAUCCGAGGACCAGGAAGUGCGGUCCAUAUACAAAGGGUUGACUGAAGAAGCCUCUUCAUCCUCUAGUGCUGGCUUGACAGGAAGGAAUGAGUCCCAAUCAGCUGACCUCUUCCAAGAGCUACAGCGAGAGGUGAUGGUGAAGCUCCAGGUUCCAAUGGCAACAGGGCGCUCCCUCCCAUCCUCCCCCCUCCCCAUGCCUCUGGCCCCUUUGGGCCCACACCGACAGAUCUGCCUUCCCCCUCCAUCUCCUUCUUCUUCCUCCUCCUUUGCUUCCUGCUUUGAGGACAGGCCUGUGUUGCCCCCACGCAGCCCCGUCCCCCCUCUGCGUCCCUCCAAACACAACCUCUCCGCCCGCGCCUUAAACCCAGAAGCCCGCUCCAGCUCCAUUUCACUGGGCAACGAGGAUGACACGCCUCCUCAGAUCCCACCCAGAGACCACGCCUUUUCUCAGCCGGGCUCCCGCUCCUCCUCACCUGUAGCCUUGCCACCUCCUCCUCUGUCUGUCUCACCCCGUCGGGCAUCCGGACUGCUGGGUCCCCUCCUGUCCUCCAGCUCUCCAUCUUCUUCAUCUCUGCCUCAGGCCCCAUCCUCUUCCUCACGCCUAGGAGUGCCAGGCUCAUCCUACUCCUCCACCUCAUCACUGGAUCCACUUGCCUUUCGUGAAGGGCGUGGCCUCUCCUCACUGAUUGACAGUUCUCAGAGCUCUGUCCCUGCCCCACUGCCAGAGAGACCAGCUUUUCUGGAAAGAUACGGAGCAGCCAACAUGGCGGCAGUCAAACCCAUGAUGCAGCAGCAGCAGCCCAGCGGAGCCAAACCAAACACCUCCUACAACAACAAUAAUGGCAGAGCUACAGCUCCCAGCAUGCAACAGGAACACAGCGUCACGCAGGUCCAGGGAGCUGUGCACGGUGUCACGAUAGAGGAGUGUCAGGCUGCUCUGCAGAGCCACAAUUGGAGCAUCUCUCAGGCCAUAAACCAUUUGAAGGUGGAGCAGCUGUUUCGGCUGGGGCUGCGUUCGAGAGCAGAGUGCGAGGAGCUCCUGCAGCGCCACCAGUGGAACCUGGAACAGGCUAGCACGGUCAUGCUGGACACAUAUGGUCCACAUCGCAACAGGAAGUGACAGCAGGAGGACAAACUGAGCGGCAGUCACCUCCUGACAAGCUCCUGAGCUCAUCUGCAUCGACAGGCAGGAUGACUCAUGGCUCCAAAGACCAGAGCUGCUUUUUAAUCAACAUAAGGCAGCCUAUGUGAAUACCUGCUACUACCUGUGUCACUCACAUGCAUGCUCAUUAUUACCCAAAGGAGCAGCUGUUAAAUGAUUCUCAGUAUUUACUUGAACAGUUCGUAUUUAUGUUUUUGUUUUUUUAUUCUUACAUAAAUUCAGAGAGUUUGUGUUUCAGCUGGUAGUGGCUGCAGACUUUUUUUUUUUUUUCUUUCUGGCUGUGAGUUUGUGCAUGAGCUUACAUGUAUGCAGAGAGACUGUAAAUUCAAAUGGCUGUUUGCUGUCAUAAAGAAUCAGGGAGAGGUAUCAGCCGGCAUUUUGUUGCACUUUUUGUGAAAAUGUACAGAUAAUAUUGUAUAUAACAUUUUACUGAACAUGUCAACGCACAUGCUAACUGCUGGUCAGAAGAACAAUAUAGUCGUGAAGUGAAACUAUUGCUGGUAUGACUGAAAGCAUAUCAGAUGCUGUGAUUACUGUAUUUUUUGUGACUUAAAGGUUCCACGUGGAGUUUUCAUGUAAAAAGACAUUCAAAAGUCUCGAAUCCUGCGUCCUUCACAUUCCAGCAAGCCGUCGUCUUUCCUGCCUUUUGCUGGCGAUUUGCAGCGUGAAUCAUUGUGAAUCUUUGAAAAACUGCUUCAUAGUCCUUUCAGAGUUCAAAAACUCCACAGGUUGCCUUUAAGCAAAACAUUUCUGGCUUUAUAACAGCAGGAAUUCUGAACGAGUGAUUGAUUAAGGUCUUUAAUUUUAAUCAGUUGGAAGAAGAUUCCUGCCUUCUCCUCAUGAAUACAGGGUAUUAGUUAAACCUCUGCAAAUUAGAUAUUUAAUGCUACUUUAAACUCAUGGUUAGUUUUCUUACUGUGAUUCUGCUGUAUGAUAAUCAUCAUGCUGAAGAGCUUACCUGUCACUCCCUUGAUUUACUGGGCUACUAUUAUGUGCCGUUGAUGCCAAAUUUCAUAUUGUGCGUGUGCAGAUAUUGAUCACUUUAACAGCUACACAACAAAACAACAAAACUGGAAAAUGAAACACAAGAUGUGGGGGCAUCUCGGUGAAUAUGUUUAAAGCUGUCAUAUUUCUGUAUGUGCGAGGCGUCCUGUGAGCUCUAAUGAUGAAGCUGUUUAAUGUGACACUGACUGUAAUUUACUGUUUAAUCUGGGUUGCUUACAAAUGUAAUAUGCAGAUAUGGCCUUCAUUGUUUUAUA